UUGGAGAAUUUUUUUUUUCUUUUAAACUUGUGUAAAAGGCAUUUCCUCUUUUGCCAGAGAUAUUCAGCUACAUAAGACCUCCCUCAGUCCCAGCAGUUUCCUGAAGAUUGUUCAUCCAGAGUACACAGAGUGUUGUGUGAAUCGGACAGAGCUAUUGAGACAGCUGUUCUCUUUGUUAUAUCUCCUCUCUUGUAGCACCGCACACUUUUUCAUUAUAUUUUCCAUAUUACUGCUCUUUCGUUCUCUCUCGCUUUCCUUGACCUUCGUGUUUAGAAACCUACUUCUCAAGAGGAACAAAAUCUGGAUUUCUCUGACUGUGUUUCUCUGUGCUUCGCUCUGUGCCAUUGCAUCCAUCUGUGAACUUGGUCGGCCUCUUGCUACAAUCACUUCUUUAAACGACACCCCUGGACUCCGGUUAAAUCAUCCCGAAGGAGAAAAAAACGCAGAAUGUGGGGACUCCGGCUGCUAUUUUUCUGCAUUUGUCUCACUCUGGGGAAGACAUCUCCAUUGAACCAUGAAGGUCUGUGCAAAAUGAAGAAAUUGGGCCAAGACAGCAGAAUCGAUGCAACAGCCAAAAAAAGCAUUGUAACAAGAGGCUGCGUGAGCACGGGAUCUGGCAAGGAAAUUUAUGUUCUCAAAGUCUCGAAUCCUGAAAACCCAUUUAUUCUGAAUUUGAAACUGACCAAUAAUGAGAAUGUUAAGAUUUCAAAGACGCCUGCAGUGCUGAUUGUUAACGUCAACGUGAGUUUCCUUAAUAUCUCCAUUACUGGACCCAAAGAUUUCACCAUUGUGCAUAAUCCUAAUGUCUUGUUAUCAAUAGAUAUUCAAAAGAUUGUGCACAGUCUUCCUAAUGAAAACAAUGAACUCCUACAGUGGGCUGAAGAAAAAUACGGCAAUGUAACCUUUUUCAGUGAAGUGAGCGACGUGAAUACAAUAUCCCUCAAUAUGGGAGUUGGGCUCAGUGCGCCAAAUACCUGUAUUCUGGAGGACAAUUUUUUGGCAACCGGUAUACUGGAGGCCACGUAUAAGAACGAUAUAGUGACUGGAUGUGAAUUGUCGAUGCCCACUUCAGGCCAUACUAAAUAUGCAUACAUUAUACAUGCGACUAAUCCAUUCUCAAAGCCCAGGUCUCACCCGAUUAAAAUAAACCUGAAAACAGACAAUAAUCAGUGUAACACGACACAUAAAAUGGCACUGUACCUAAAGGGAGAUGAUGAUUACUUUUGGUCUGUCAACCCAACUAUUACCAGUAGUAUCCAAAUGCAGGUUGCUGGUAAUUAUACUGCUCCAGGAAUUGGCACUUACACCAGUUAUCAAGUGAACUUCCCUAAAGACCGUGACGAACUCAUAAAGUAUGCCAUGAAAGAAAAUGCCACCAACCUGUCCUACCUAGAAAUAGUCAACGCUGAUUCUCUCACUAUAACUGUGCCUUGUGUGCCAGAAAGCACACCCACAGUUUCAAAACCCUCCGUGUCCCGAAAAAAACAGUGUGAGGAUUAUUUAAAUAUGCAGCGACGUGCCGUGCAAGCACAAUGCACCGACAGCCACAUGGUGGUGAGAAUAGCAAAAGACAUCUAUCAGCACUGCAACGAAGAUGUACAAGUAUUUUUUGAUUCAAUGCAAUGCAAAGCCGAAGAUGCCGGAAAUGAACUGUUACUAGUCACAGCAUUUAACGACUGUAAUGUCAAACUCAGCAGUGGAUACUACUUUAAUACGCUAAAUAUAACAAAUUCUCUUUUCUCGGACAUCAAGGUCAUGUUAUUCUGCACACCUCCAACCAUCUGGCUAAAUGCCUCAAACAGCCCAGAUGUCAAUCUGACAACCAACCAGCUUGUACUAAACAAAUUAGUCUAUGUGAAGGCCACUGUCCAUGAACAACCAAAAAAUUAUCUCCACCUAGUGGAGUGUUGGCUGUUUGUGGGUGGGAAGCAGCAUGCAAAAAGUAAUAUUUCUCAGCACUCCAAGGAAUCCAACACCAUUGAAAACUGGAUCGUAACUCUCGGAACAUCUAAUACCCCGGGUCCUGCUAAACUGACCUGCACCUUCUGUUUGUCUGCAGACAGUACAAUGAAAUGUCCUGUGCACAGUGAAAUACAGAAGUCGUUGGAAGUAACCAUCAUUGGAGAUGAUAAUGCUAUUGGACUGCCGACUGUUCUGGGAAUCACAUUUGGAGCCUUUGUCAUCGGCGCUGUUCUAAUCGCUGCUUUGUGGUACUUUUGCACACAUACACGUUCAACCGUUAAAAUGCAGCCUGUACCCACUACAACAGGGGGGUCCGAGAGCAGCAGCACAAACCACAGCAUCGACAGCACACAGAGCACUCCCUGCUCCACCAGCAGCAGAGCAUAGCGUCAUCUUCACCUGGACCUCCAAGAUGACCGCGAGAGAACCCAGACUAUAGUGUACCCUUGAACAUGUGUGAUGGAUGUCCACCAAAGGCACCCCAAAAGCCAUAUAUCGGAAUCUGAUUUCUACAGCAUUUGGAGUCCGUCACAAUAUGAAAAGUUAAAGGGCACAAAACAUUAUGAACCACUAAGUUAUGCAGACAUAUCUCCCCUCUUAAACCCACAAGGGUCUUAAAUUCAAAUUUUUACUAAAAAAAAUUGCCCACUAAUUUGUGGUUCUAGUAAUGUAAGUUCUUUAAAGACACGUUCCGCCUGUUGCUUGAUUGUAUAAAAUCCAUAUUUAUUCAGGACAAGCGAAAUCUGUAUCGGAUAGCUGUACAACGCUUACACUAGCAGCAAAAAGAAGUCUUAUUUGCAUUGCGUCCUUAACGGCAGCCAAUGGGAUUGAAGCGUCAGAGAUGAAGCGGUUCCCAGAAACAAUGACAACAAGAAGGAGGACCUUUCCUCCUAAUAGGACUGGUUUUAUAUUAAUCUCUAUACUACAAGUAUACAGUUAUCCUGUUUGUACUCUCGCACCCAUAUGGACAUAAAACUGCAGAGAAUAUAAGACUGAAAAACCAAGACAUUUUUUUUUUAAAAACAAAAAGGUUUGAAAAAUAUGUAGCAUCUUGACUCUGUGAGAAAAAAAAGUGUUAUUUCUUCUGGUGUUCUUGAUAUUAACAUACACGAAGCCAGCAGAUGUAUUUAUGGGAAGAAAAGACAUAGAAAGUAUCAGGGAUACAUAGUGAGGAUGGGGAUGUUGUAUAAACAAUAAAUCUGGAGCAACGUUCCAGAAGUAUCACUAUGGAAACCAAAGGAAUGUUACUGCUAAUUCCAUCACUUUUUGAACUGUGUUCCAGACCUUCUCAUUCUACAAAAGCAAAAAGCUCCAGUGCAUCAUAGCCCGGAUUUAUUGCUUUAGUAGGCAACAAGAAUUUUUGUUUGGGCAGCAGAGCUUCAAACCCACACUUUUUCCUCUGUGUCGCUGGGCUGCAUGUCCCAUGAUUCUUUGCUAGUCUAUAAGACCAAUAACUACUCAUCUCAACUAAUCUCCAUGUGGAGCAAGGGUGUCUAGAUCUGCCCUCUCCCCACCUUCCUCCUUUCCCAGUGGUUAGAAACUCCACCUGUUUUAGAGGUGUGACUCCCCAGCUCUAGCUAAUUCCACCCUUUUCUGGCCAGUUCUGCCCCUUUUGUCCUAUGCCUGAAGGAUUUCCCGCAAAGCAAACUUUUUCACGUUCUAGGUAUAGAAAUUAUGGGGUUAAAUUAAGUUACAAUUUAAGCUACUAUGUAAGACAAUGUGUGAAUCAUAGAUUGGUUAAUUAAUUGGUGCCAAAGGUUCCACAUGUAAGAAUAGAAUAAUCGAGAAGGGUUACUUGCUGCUCGCUAUCGUUGCUGAGCUUUUUACGAUGUCCCUUAACUGUAGAGAGAGGUUAAACAACGGUUGUACAUAUUUAUUCUAAGCCAUUUGUAUUAUUUGUAAGGAUGUAGAAAAUGUAUAUCUGUGAGAUUAGAAACAUGUUUAUAUAUAUGUUGGCUGGUACAGUGUCUAAUGUUUGUGAUCUAAAUGUUGCACGUUCUUCACAUGUACAUUUAAAGGGACAUAAAGGAAAUUGUUAUAUAAUAUACAUACACAAACACACAACAAACAAAAUUCAACUCCACUUCAAACUAGCGUUAAAUGAACAAUCCAAGCACAAUAACCACUACAGCUUGCUGAAAUGGUUAUCAUGCCAAGAUUGCCCUGACACCCAUCCAUAGUAAGUAGUUAAACUAUUUAAGAAUGGUUUGACAACUUACCUGGGAAUCCAACGUGCACCCUCCACUGCCUCCCCUGAUAGUGGAAGCUCCUGCUAGCUUCUAGUUAGUUGCAUUCAGCUAAGCUCCACUGUGCCGGGCAGCACUCGAUGGCUGAUAAUGUUAGCUGUCUGCUCACAGACAAUGAGCACAGCUAAGCUUAGCCUAAUGGUAGUAGCCCAUGAUGAAU